CCAGUUUCAGUUUCCCUCUGUCCCUUUUUACGACAUCUUUUUUUUUGUAGGAGAGGGGCCAAACGAGCAUGUGGCUCACUUGAUGGUAAGUGACUACCGCCGCCCACGAAGAACCGCAACACCAGGGGAAUUACAGAUGCGUUGCCGGCCUUUUAAAAAGGAGUAGGCUCUUUUCUUGAAGGUCCCUAAGUCGUAAUGGUCCGGAAAAAUCGCUGAUGGUAAUCGAUUCCACUGGGAAGUUGUGCAAGGAAGAAAACAUCUUCUAAAUCGCACUGUGGUGGACCGCCAAUCAUCCAGAUGGUGCGGAUGGUAUCGGGAGUUCUGCCGCGAUGUGCGUUCGGGAAAUUUGGCGGCUGGGAUUAAUCCGAACAAUUCCUCAGAGCACUCCCCGUGGUAAAUGCGAAAGAAAAUGCAAAGGGAUGCAACAUCUCUUCGUAGUGCUAAUGAAUCGAGAAAGGACUCGGUCGUCGACGAUUCGAGCCGCUCUGCGCUGGAUGAGGUCAAGUGGAAGGAGCUGGCACUGGGGAGCCCCCGCCCAGAAAUGGGAACAGUAUUCCAUGUGAGGCCGAACCUGCGCCUUGUAAAGUUGCAGGCGGUGUGCCGGCAUGAAAUACUGUCCCGCUCUACUGAGCACGCCAAGCUUUUUAGAGGCCAAUUUGGCCUUCUCUUCCAAGUGACCACGAAACUGCACGUCACUCGAUAUGUCGACGCCAAGGAUUCCGAUGUUGGCUGAGGCAACAAGGGGAGUGCCUUGAAACUGAGAAAAUACGACAAAGGUGUUCUUUUUAGUGGUAAACGCGCAAACUUGUGUCUUCUGAGGAUUAAACUGGACUAGAUUUAUAGCAAUGAAUGUUACCAGUUUGCAACAUAUCAUUGAUAUGCAGAAGAAACAGCGUUGGUGAUACUUGUGGAAAACCAGCGUUAAUAGGCUUGUAGUCGGAGCAUGCAUCGUCUACAACCACUUUGAUGCUCCGAUUUGCAAGGAAGCUGGUGAUCCAGUUGCACAAUUUCUCGGGAAGCCCAUAGGAAGGGAGCUUCGAAAGAAGCGCUUUGUGCCAAACCCGAUCGAAGGCCUUCGCAAUGUCCAAACUAACGGCCAACGCCUCCCCCUUGGACUCAACUUCCUCCGCCCAUCUAUGAGUCAGGUAGACCAGAAAAUCACCAGCUGAUCGACCCCGACGAAAACCGUACUGGCGGUCACUAAUCAGCUGGUGAUCCUCAAGGUACCGCAUGAGCUGGCAGUUAAUAACGGAUUCCAUUAUUUUGGAGAACAAGGAGGUGAUGGCGAUAGGCCUGUAGUUGGACGGGUCUGAGCGGUCGCCUUUUUUAGGGAUCGGGUGGACAAAAGCUGUCUUCCAUGAUUUUGGGACUACGCCUAGGGAGUAGGAAUACCGGAAAAGACGCGUUAGAACCGGUGCCAACUUCUGAGCACCCGUCCUCAGCACAAUUGGGGGGAUUCCGUCAGGUCCACUCGACUUGUGGAUGUCCAGGGAGAAGAGUGCUUGGCGAACCGAGCGCUGUGAGAACAGCACAUCCGGCAUGGAGCACUCAUACCGCGGGAUGGUCGGCGGUGUGUUCCCCCCGUCAUCAAGAAAAAGGUCGGCUUUCUUUCUCUCUUGCGGCGUGGGCCAGUGAGUCGUCCUCCCUGUGCAGAGAUGGUAGUGAUGGCUUACAUAAAUUCCCUUGGACAGCCUUGGCGAGAGACCAGAAUGCACGGGUUCCCGAAGAAAGGCGAACUAGUUUCUCGCCAAUUCUGCCCAUGUGCUCUGACUUUGCCUUGGCAUUAACUCUUUUGAAGGACCUGGAAGCGAAGUUAUACUUCUUUUUAAGCAUGCUGGUGUUUACAUCCCGAGUCGCCGAAGCCGCAGCCCAGACUUGAUGACACUCCUACUUACUGCGUAAUGCAGUCUUACAGGAGCGAUCAAACCAAGGCUGAGAUCUGCCUCCGAUGGGUACCAUAGAUGAUGGAAUAAAUAGUUCCAUUCCCUGUAGCACCACAUCAGUGACAGAGUCAGCAGGAGCGCUGGGAUCAUCCGGCGAGAAGCAAACCCGCCCCCAUGGAUAGGAUGCAAAGAAAGACCGCAUUCCGUCCCAAUCUGCCGACCUGAAAUGCCAAACACGGCGGCAACCUGCAGAACGCAACCGCGAACGCAUCUGCGGGAUGGCAUGGGGUAGUUUGGGUUCUCCUACUCCACCACUACAGUGGCUUUUUCUCUUAUUUGAAAAAAGAAUAUCCUUUCAGGCAAUACCAAAACCGCAUAAGGUUAGAGAUGAGAUUCAAUUCACACCAAUUUGUCAUAUAGAUAUCUGGCCUAGUGAUAUCAAAAAUGAUUGCAAGGAUGAAAUUUUUUGCCUUGAUGCCGUUAAAGUUGAGGAAGAGAUUUUCGAAUAUGAAAAUUGCAAAUUGGAAGAAAAUGAGAAUCAUGACACAGAACCAUACAUCAAACCGACAAAUAAUUUUUCAAAACUCUCUGAGAGGAAGAUUAAAUCAAAUUCUACUGAUUGUAACAUAAACGAUGUUCGUAAAGGAAACCUCGAUUUAGAAAGCCCUACUAUUAAAUCAAAGCCUAAAGUGAAAAAAGAUAAUCAACCAAUUUAUAAAAAAGGAAAGCAUCCUGCAAAGAUUAUGAAAAACAAAAUUUUGAAACAAAAGAGUGUAAAUAUACUUAAGAAAAAAACGUCAGGGGCAUCAACAAAAGACAUUCUCGCCAAACACAUUUCAUACAAUCAUAAGACACAAAAGAAGUCAGACACCACUGCAGUUCGGACACAAGUUGAACAAACUCCAGUACCACAACUAACGGAAAUAUUUAAUUGUGAUAAUUGCGAAUUUAAAACAUCUCAAAAACGUUACAUUUUGGCACAUCUUAAAGCGCACGUCGCUGAACAAGUGUACUGUUGUAAUAAUUGUGAUUAUAAAAGUAUUAACAAACAUCAUUUGCGGAGACAUAUGAAAAUACAUACUGGAGAAAAACCUUUUUCAUGUAACAUCUGUGAAUAUAAAUGUAUUACAAAAAGUCAUUUGCAAACACAUAUGAAAAUACAUACUGGAGAAAAACCUUUUUCGUGUCAUAUCUGUAAACAUCAAUGUAUUCGAAAAAGUAAUUUGCAAAGGCAUAUGAAAAUACAUACUGGAGAAAAACCUUUUUCAUGUAAUGUCUGUGAAUAUAAAUGUAUUACAAUAAAUGAUUUUCAAAGGCAUAUGAAAAUACAUACCGGAGAAAAACCUUUUCCAUGUAAUAUCUGUGAAUAUAAAUGUAUUCAAAAAAGUAGUUUGCAAAGGCAUAUGAAAAUACAUACUGGAGAAAAACCUUUUUCGUGUAACAUAUGUAAAUAUAGAUGUAUUAGAAAAGAUAUGUUGCAAACACAUAUGAAAACACACACUUGAGCAGAACCUUUUUUGUGAGAAAUCUGGUAAAAUAUGUGCAAUAUUAUGUAAACGUGUUUUAUAUAAAUAUAAAAGUAUACUAGA